GUACAAGACGCUGCACUGAGAGGAGCUGCUGCGGACAUGUGCCUGGCACAGGAAGACACGCUCUACCAAGACCCAUCCUAAUUAAAUGCGAGACAAAGGCGGACGCCAUGCAGAAAGCUCAUUAGCCUCCGCGUGUUGGAUACAUGAUCCAGACGGAGUCCUGAAACCUGGGAAGAAGCCAGCUCCCCGUCUGUCAGAUGCCGGGAGAGCUGAGGGUAUAACGGAUACGCGAUGACCUCUCCGCGCUCCGCCCGUCUGCAGCUGGAUGAGAACUUGCAGCUGAUGCAGGCCGGCUCCGUGAUGAGGAAAGUGAAAUCACGAAACUGGAAGAAACAAAGAUACUUCAAACUGCAGGAGGACUGUAUGACCAUCUGGUACAAGUCCAAGAAGACGGGCAACACCAAGUCCACCUUUUCCAUCAGCGACAUUGAGACCGUGCGGGAGGGACAUCAGUCCGAGAUUCUACAGAGCAUCGCUGACGAGUUCGAGCCGGAGCUUUGUUUCACCAUUGUCUUCUAUGGGCGUCGGGGGAACCUUGACCUGGUUGCAGGCACGGCAGAAGAGGCUCAGUGCUGGAUCCAAGGGCUAGAGAAACUCAUCGAGACUGUGAGGAAUAUGGACCAGAAGGAAAUCCUCGAUCAAUGGAUUUGUGACUGGUUCCAAAAAGCCGACAAGAACCGAGAUGGGAGAAUGAAUUUUAAGGAGGUCCAGGAUCUUCUAAAAAUGAUGAACGUAGACAUGAACGAGCAGCACGCUUUUCGGCUGUUUCAGAUGGCUGACAAGUCGGAGUCCGGGACCCUGGAGGGUGACGAGUUUGUGCUAUUUUACAAAGCUCUGACCCAGCGAGAUGAGGUCCUUAAGAUAUUUCAGGACUUCUCAAAGGAUGGCAAGAAACUGACUCUGUUGGAGUUUGUGGACUUUCUGCGUCAGGAGCAGCAGGAGGUGGACAACACUGAGGAGUUUGCAAUGGAUCUUAUAGCCAGAUAUGAACCUUCAGAGACAGCAAAAAAGCUUCACGCUCUGAGCAUUGACGGCUUCCUGAUCUACUUGUGCUCUGCGGCGGGAUCCAUCUUCAACGUGAGCCAUCAACCUCCGUACCAGGACAUGACGCAGCCGCUGUGCCGUUAUUUCAUCUCGUCCUCCCACAACACCUACCUGAUAGAGGACCAGCUACUGGGGCAGAGCAGCGUGGAAGGUUAUAUCAGGGCAUUAAAAAGGGGCUGUCGGUGCGUCGAGGUGGACACCUGGGAUGGCCCCAAUGGAGAACCCAUUGUAUAUCACGGGCACACCUUUACCUCCAAAAUCUUCUUCAGAGAUGUUAUAUCAGCCAUCAACAAGUAUGCAUUCACGGUAUCCGACUACCCGGUCAUUCUGUCUUUGGAAAACCACUGCAGCGUGGAGCAGCAAGACGCUAUGGCGCAACACCUGAAAAGCAUUCUGGGAGAAAAGCUGGUGGUCAGCACUCUGGAUGGACGGAUUCCAGUGCAAUUACCCUCUCCUGAGGAAUUACGAGGAAAAAUCAUCAUAAAAGGCAAGAAGAUUGGGAGGUUGGAGGACAGUUUAGGUGAGCCCUCUGAAGAAUCUUACAUGGGAGAAAUCUCAGAGGAAGAAGAUGGUGGUGAUGUGGAUGAGGAGAACAUCCGCGGUGAAGAUAAAAAGAGAUCCAAGAAGUCCAAGGAUCGCCUCUCUCAGGAAUUAUCCGACUGCAUUAUCUACUGUAAAAGCGUCCCCUUCGAGAGCUUCAAGCAUUCUAGGAUCCAGUACAAGCUAUAUGAAAUGUCUUCCUUCACAGAGUAUAAAGCCCGGAAACUUGUGAAAGAACCAGGGAAUGAAUUUGUCCGACACAACGCCUGGCAACUGACGCGAGUUUACCCCACAGGUCUUCGGACAGACUCCUCAAAUUAUAACCCCCAAGACAUGUGGAAUGUGGGAUGUCAAAUGGUGGCCCUCAAUUUCCAGACAGCAGGAGUAGAGAUGGAUCUUAACGAUGGACUUUUCCAACAAAACGGACGUUGCGGUUAUGUUCUGAAACCUUUGUUUAUGAGACACGUAGAUACCAAUUUUAACCCUGAUCUGCCACAAGACACUGCAGGCUACUUUCCUGUCAACCUAUCCAUACAGGUGAUCAGCGCUCAGCAACUGCCCAAGGAUGAGAACAGUAAAGAGCGCUCCAUCAUAGAUCCUCUGGUUCGAGUGGAAAUAUUUGGGGUUCCCAUUGACCAAUCAAGGCAGGAGACCAAGUACAUAGAGAAUAAUGGAUUUAACCCCAUGUGGUACGAGACACUGCAAUUCAAGAUCCACAUCCCUGAACUGGCCCUCGUGAGGUUCGUGGUAGAAGACUACGACAAGACCACGAGGAACGAUUUCAUCGGACAGUAUACCCUCCCAUUCAAGAGCAUCAAGUCAGGUUACCGCCACAUCCACCUCCUUUCCAAGGACGGCACUAAAAUCCCACCAGCCUCGCUGUUUGUUUACAUCCGUAUAACAGACAGCGCAAAUCCAGUGCAGGACACGGAGGGUUAAUAGAUAUGGCCACCACUUGUAUGUCCAGUGACAGUCCUGAAGCUCGGCCUUACUGCUGUUCCGCUAUAUUUUGCACUCCCCCUCCCCCACAGAACGCUAUGUUGUAUAUACUUGUACAUGGUGUUAUUUUUUAUGUAUUUAAUGUACAGAGGUGUACUUGGUGCUAUUCUAUUGAAAAUGUUAUGUUGCUGAUUAACCUAUGAAGAUAGUGUUCCCGCUGUAACCCAAGCCAUGAGCUGGACCUCGGCGCUGCCCCCUGCAGCAUGAACGGUGUUAGCCAUCUUGCAAUAUGACCUCAAUUAAUAGGGUUGUUUGAUCUACAGAUUGUGGGGCCCCUGGGGUAUAGUCAAUGGCAGGGACCAAACAUGAUCAGAUGGGAUGGCCGGGGCGACCACAAAGUGAAUAGAUAUUUAUUUAUAAAUGACUGCAAAGGAUCUAUUGACUUCAAUCAGUGCUGGAGACACCCCACCACUUUAGCUUGCAGAGAGGGGUCCCAAUUAAAGGACCCC